UUUUACUCUUACCAUCUUUGAAAAGGAAUUUUUUCGACUGGGCGGCAAACUCCGACUGGUCAGUGAUCUUGUGCCGGGCUUCGAGAACGCGCCACGGAACCAAUCAUAAGGAUUUCCGGCAUCCUCGACGGAUGCUUAACCGUUCUUGUCAUCUCUUGUCAUAUCUUUGCAUCUCUCGUUUGGGGUUACAUCCGAGGGCACGCUAACCCUUCCCCAUCGUGCCCUCCAUCGGUUUCUCGCCGUAAUUUUGCCGGCGAUGGAGCCUCCCAGCUUUUCGUUGAUCGCAUAGGUCGCUUCGAAUGAUAAGACGGUCCCGCAUCGGAUCCCAGACCAGGCUUUCCCACUAGGAACGGGGAAUAUAAGGUGGCUCUCAUUUCCUUCCUGAGUUCUUGACCUCGUGCGCAACCGUUGAGACGAAUUCCUGUCCCGCAAAACUAUCCCCUCUUACUUCUGGGGAUUUUUUUCGCCUGGUCUCCUUCACAAUGUCUUCAGAUCGUGAUGUUGAGGUGACUCAACAACAGGCCCAAUACAAUGGCACACAUGUAAUCGAUGAAAAGGACGGCCUCGAGGCGAACGAAAAGGCUCUGGGGCCUACCGCAGAUGGCGAAGAGCCCACACAAGAUGAAAUCAAGAACCUGCGUCAUAUUGCGGAGAACUUGCCCGUCUCUGCCUGGCUGGUCGCCAUUGUCGAACUUUGCGAACGUUUCACAUAUUACGGUAUGAGCGGUUUGUUCCAGAACUACGCGAACCUUCCUCUAGAUGGUAGCCAAGGACGUGGUGCGCUAGGCCUCGGUCAUCAGGGUGCAACUGGUCUUACCACCUUCAACCAGUUCUGGUGCUACGUCACUCCCAUUGUUGGUGCUAUUGUUGCCGAUCAGUACCUUGGAAAAUACAAGACCAUCGUUGUCUUCUCCAUUAUCUAUAUGAUUGGUUUGCUCAUCCUGGUGUGCACUUCGAUUCCCUCGUCUCUUGAACAUGGUGCUGGUUUGGGAGGCUUCAUCGUCGCCAUCCUGAUCGUUGGCCUGGGAACUGGUGGUAUCAAGAGUAACGUGGCCCCUCUGAUUGCCGACCAAUACAAGCGGAAGAAGAUGGCUAUCAAAACCAUCGCCAAGACUGGCGAGCGUGUUGUCAUUGAUCCUGCCCUGACUAUUCAGCGUAUCUACAUGAUUUUCUACGGCUGUAUCAACGUUGGUUCUCUCUCGUUGCUGGCUACUCCUUACAUGGAGAGAGAUAUCGGCUACUGGUCUGGUUAUCUGCUUUGUCUGUGCAUGUUCGCCUGCGGUUCCUGCGUGCUUAUCAUCGGACGCAAGUACUACGUCGUCCGCCCUCCCCAGGGUUCUAUCAUCACCAACGCCUUCAAGGCGCUGUGGAUUAUGGUCAUCAAUCGCAACAUGGACGCACCCAAGCCCACCUGGCAGGCCGAGCAUGGUGGCCGCAGCCCCAGGACCAACUUGCCUUGGGACGACCACUUCAUCGAUGAGCUCAAGCGUGCCCUGGUUGCCUGCAAAGUGUUCGCCUUCUACCCCAUCUACUGGGUCGUCUACGGUCAGUUCUCGAGUAACUUCGUUACUCAGGCCGAUCAGAUGGAGGGUCAUGGUGUUCCCAACGACUUGAUGCAGAACUUCGACCCUAUCUCCAUUAUCGUCUUCAUCCCGGUUCUGGAACUGACAGUCUACCCGGUGCUCCGCCGUUUCCACAUCCAGUUCCGCCCUAUUACCCGUAUCGCUCUGGGUUUCAUCGUCGCCUCUUUGGCCAUGAUGUACGCCGCCAUUGUUCAGCAUCUCAUCUACUCUGCCGGACCCUGCUACGAGAGCCCUGGCUGUGAUGCGUCCAUCGUCAACGGACAGACCACUGGCAACCACGUGCACAUUGCUAUCCAGACCCCUGCCUACGUGUUCAUCGGCCUUUCUGAGAUUUUCGCAUCGGUGUCCGGUCUUGAGUACGCUUACACCAAGGCACCCCCAACCAUGAAGUCGUUCGUGCAGUCCAUGUACCUCCUCACCAACGCCUUCGGUGCCGCCAUUGCUGAGGCCCUUACUCCUGCCGCUUAUGAUCCCGCCAUCAUGUGGAUGUUCGUCGGCCUUGCGGUUGCUUCGUUCCUCGCGGGUAUCAUCUUCUUCAUCGUGUACCGCCAUCUGAACUACACAGAAGACGAGAUGAACGCUCUCGAUGCCGAUGAUGAUGUCGUAGCUGCGGCUCAGCAGGCGGAGGGCGAGAAGAAGAAGGAGGAGAACUACUAAUCUCGUUUUGUACUAUAAUAUUUUCCUUUCUCGUUUAUUUUCACAUAGAUACUAAUCUCUCGUUCCUGACCCGUGGUCGGACAUACUUGAUCUUGCGCGGGCUCGCGUAAUAGCACCUGCAGAGCAGAUGAGACGAGUAUAACGAGAUAAUGUAUAUACGAAUCACGUUCGAUCACGUUGAAUCAAUGAACACUUGACUCAUUCCAAGAAUUUGCCUCUCUUGCAUCCCAAUGACUCAGUAGAACCAGA